AUGGAAUUGCGAUUGCUCAGCGAUGGCCCACCAGCGACCACAUCUAAGACUGCGUGGCUUCGUGACGGACAAAUACAAGGCAGAGAUCGAUCGAAUGUAUUCGUAAUUGGCGUGCACCGACGACGAGGAAUAUCGUUAAAACAUUUUUCAGUGUAUUAUUGUGUACAGACUGGCCCUCUAGACAGUACUGAUGCACAACUUGACUAUCUUUGCUUUCCAUAUAAAUCACUGAGAAUUUAUAAGAUAAAGAUUUUUUCCAAGAUGAAGAAUACGGAGGCUUACAAUAUUAUAGAAGAAGUAGAAGCUGAUUUUAAACAGAUAGACUAUCAGGUUGUAAAAAUACACAGAUGUUGGAUCGGAAAUAUUUCAGUCGUGUUGUGACAUAGAUUCUAUUUUGGUAAAAAUCUCAUGCAUAAGUAUCAUAAUUAAUGGUGAACACGCCGUGCUAGUCAUUUUCUUUUUCAUGUAAUUAGUAGGAAUGCCAGAAAGUAUAAUACAGCAAGGAGGAUUUUCACGCAUGACAACUGAUGUAUAGUAGGGCGACACAACAAACAUUCAAUGUUUUUUUUCACGCACUGGGAGAUCCAUGAGCGUGUACAUUGUGAGGCUAGUAGUUUGAUAUCGUUUUGGAAUGGUUUCAGUUUCGUUUGUAGUUGCGUCUGAAAUGUUCUCGUGAAAUUUAUUGGAAGUUGAUUGUUUCGUGCUGCAGAGCAUUGAACGAAGGAUGCAGGCUAGAUCGUUUGUUUUUUAGCCUGUUUGUUCUCGUGAGUUGUUCCUCUCGACUAAUGCUCUUGUGGUUCGAUUGUUGGUUAUCUCGGUAGUUUUUCCUAUCGUCGAUUGGGUUAUGCGGCAGCGUCCAGGUUCUAGCCUUGUCUUGUGUUGAUUUGGCUGUGAAGGUAAGUAGGGAAGAUCGGACAAGGUAACAAGGUAAGGGAAUAUUUAUCACGAACGGUUUAACAGCUUACGCGUAUCCUGAGACGAGGCUAGUAGGACAGCUUCCUGCAGACUGGAGAACAGCUUCACCUGUUAGGGGUAAAUAAUUGAAAUUUAUAUGUUACCCAAAUGUUGUGAGUUAUAUUGCAGCUAACGAGAUGAACCAUCCCGUCCCAUUUGGGAGGACUGGGAGUGACACGUUGAGGCUGAACUUUGGAGACGAAGAUCCAAAAGUGGGACAAAGAGAAAGAGCAUGAAAAUCGCGAAAAUCUUUACCGCCAUAGUUGUACAUCAUCGCAACAGAACAGACACCGAAGGAAGUAGAGAAGAUCAGUGUCAACAAAAAUCGUAGUCCUAUCGAUUCGUAAGAGAUGAGAUCAAUGAAUAUGCAUCAAAAAAAAAUAUAGAAGGAGCUUAAAAACUGGACCAGUUCGACGCAACUA